AUGGGGUAUCAUCAUAUUUUGAUGAUGAUUUUAGCCGUUGGGAUUCUCUUUAUAUGUACGAUUCAAUUCCCCCACCGGCAUCCCGGUUCUAUCAGGAUUUCUCAACUCAUAUCCGUAUUGACAGCACUUUUAAUUGCGGGCUGCAGUUCCGGCAAUCUCAGCAAUGUCUUUUUGUUGUCAUUACGAUAUAAAGACACCAGCUCACUGGCACUGUCAGACCCGACUAUAGUGAACACAGGAAUUGCCCAUGCAGUCCAAAAUGUUACGCAGAGUGGUGAUGAACCAAUUCUCGAAGUUCGAGCAGGAUAUAUGGGACUCUGCAUAAUGCUUAAUGAUGGAGAAUGGAUCUGUUCGACAAGUGCGACCAGCUUAACGAAUAUCGUGAAACUCUCAAGCAGCUCGACAAAUGGCACUCGUGACCCACUCAAUCUGAUUUAUAUCGCAAACAGUUUCAAGGACGAUAUUGUGUUCGAUGGACUGCUAUUUAUCGUUGUUGCCGUAGCUGUCUUCUGCUUUGUGAUGCUCAGCACAUUUCCUGGAUGGCAUGAGGAGGUAGAUGACGGUGGAUCAGCCGUGGAAGUCAAGCCAUUCCCUUCCCGUCAAGUAUCGCACGCUGCUCUGGGGGCUUCAGCUGUGGGGUUUGCAUUUGGUCUCAUAUCUGCACUAUGGCAGCACAUCAAUAGCGCCGCGGCUGCAUCUAUGGCAGAGAAAUUGAGCUAUGGUCAAAUCACCGGCCAUGUUGGGCCUGCAGCGAUGGCAUUUGGGUGGAUUGGAGUGGUACUGAUCGGCGUGGAAACGCUCGGGCUGCUAGUGAUGAUCAUGAGCAUUAAGAUCAUUGAAAGUCUGGCCGAUGAUGAUUAA